UCUUCUUUUAAUGCUUUUCUGAUGCAGGUCCUCUGCAACAUUCAAGUCUUUGCCAAAGCAAUGCCAUCUCUAUUUGUUCCUCACUUUGAAGACUUUUUUGUAAACUCUUCGGAUUCAUAUCAAGUAAAAGCUCUGAAGCUCGAGAUACUUUCCUCGAUUGCAACAUAUUCAUCAAUUUCUGCCAUUUUUCUAGAGUUUCAGGAUUAUAUUAGAGAUCAGGACAGAAGGUUUGCUGCAGAUACUGUGGCUGCAAUCGGAUUAUGUUCACAGCGACUUCCAGAUGUAGCUAAGACAUGUUUGGAAGGGCUGUUGGCUCUGGCUUUAUCUGAAUCCUCAAAUAAAAACGGUCCUUCAGCAGAUGAGGAAGCUGUUUUAGUUCAAGCAAUAAAUUCUAUAAAAACAAUUAUAAAACAAGAUCCUCCCAGUCAUGAGAAGGUAUAUUUCCCAUAUUUUCUUCUUUGUUGGUCUAUAUUUAUGCAUGCUUCUGAUGAUAUCUAUUUAAAUCUUAAUUUUCCUGAUAUAUUGAGUUUGAGUCAUAAAAUGUGCUCAAGUAAAAAAAUAUGUAAUGUUAUAAAUUCCAUGUGAGAAACCAUGUUCCAUGGAUGUGGUUUAUGAAAGAAAUAUAUAUGUUUUUUAAUUGUCCUGUAUUUUUCUUGGUCUUCUAUUAGCAAUACCGAUGCGUCUAGUAGAAUAGCGGACCAAUUUGAAUAUCUUUUUUUAUACACAGUGAUGAUUAGUGUGACAUAUGGUGAAAUGCCAGAUUGCACUUUAUAGUUUUGUUGGAAAACUCUACAUGACAAUUGCCCAAGAACUACUGUAGGAAGAUGAUGAAAAAGUAUUUCUGGCGAUUUUGGGCUAUAAAAUAAAGCAUUUCAGUGUGCUUUACUUGUAAAUUUUUUGUUCCUUC